GUGCUGAGGUCGAUGGUUUUUCAAAACAAGCUAAACAAGAAGUGUUCAGAAAGGCGGCGGUAUGGGGCUGUGACAGCUCUGCAGAUAACUCCUUCUCCUCUGCUCUUUCCGUGCUCAUUGGCCCCCUUUUUUUUCAAAGAAGAGGGAUCGAGGAUGGAGGAGACAGAGCAAACCCGGAUGGAGGAAAUGCUCAUGUGCCCAGUGUGCCAGGACAUCUUCAAGGAUCCUCGGCAGCUGCCCUGCGGACACAGCAUGUGCAAGAGCUGCCUGGAGGGCCUGAUGGAUCACUCCUCAGACGUCCCCUUCAAGUGUCCAGACUGCAGGGCGAACUUUGGGCAGGUUGUCACUGUACAGAAGAGCUACGCAUUGGCCAGCAUCACAGAGGACUUCAGGCUGAGCAGGAGGACCAGGGAAAAGCAGACAAAAUGUGUGUACUGUGACUACUGCCCAGAGAAAAACGUCUUGGCCGUUAAAACGUGUACGAAGUGUGAGGUGUCGCUGUGCAAAGAGCACGUCAGGGACCACCAGGAGCUGCCGGUGUUCUCUGGGCACCCUCUGGUGGGACCGCUGAGUGACCUCGCAGAGAGGAGAUGCCCGCAGCAUGAGGACGAGGUGCUGAGGUACUACUGCAAGUCGUCCAGACGCUACAUCUGCAGCAUCUGCUCACUGGAGAGCAAGCAGCUUAACGCGGCCACUGAGGCCUCCACUGUCUUACGGAGACAGCUGACUGAAUACAUGGAUCAGAACUUCAAAAUGCUCAUGGAACAAAUCACAGAAUCGAGCAACACCGUAAAACGACUGCAAGAAGACGUUCUUCAUACCAAACAGAAAUUGAACCCUGCUAGCUCAAUCAACGGCGUCACAGUGGUCCUGCUCUUUCUUUGGUUCAUAGUCCUCUAUUAUGCCUACAACUUCUCUGUGGAGAACCAGACGCUAACAGAAGCACUGGAUGAACAGCAGAACCGCGUUCACAACAUCUAUUCCACCAUCGCCGAAAGCUUGGUUCAUCAUCCCGCGAAAAGCCACAAACCUAAAGAAACAGAUGAUCAAGGAGCUCUCAUUUUGGACCUCGACACUGUCAAUCACGUCCUUGGAGUCUCCGCUGACCUCAAAACAGCUGAGAGGGUGAAUGCGAAGCUGGAUUAUCCCAACACGAACAGCCGUUUCGAUGAAGCCCCGCAGGUCCUCUCCUCCCAGUGCUUCUCCUCCGGUGUCCGUGUCUGGGAGGUGGAGGCUGAGGGGCACUGGGACAUCGCCGUAUCCUACAAGAGCAUCCAACGAAAGUGCAAGGAAAGGAGCGCCUUCGGAAACAACACGGAGUCCUGGAGCCUAGUGCACAAAGGCAAAGGGAACCUGUUUGCCUACCAUAACAAAAGAAAAACUGCUCUCUCUAGAACCUUGCAGAGCAGCCGAAUAGCAGUGGUGGUUAACUUUGAGGAGGGCACCAUCUCAUUCAGCGCUGUAGGUUCCACCACCACACAGCUGCACCAAUUCAAGGCUGAACUGAAUCAGCCAGUGUGUCUGGGUUUGGGGCUUCAUCACGUGGAUCCACCCAGCCGAGCCUCUAUUGUCAAAGCUUCUUGAGUAAUACUGCACACUGUCACAAUAUUCAGACAACACUGGAUCCACACUGCCACUAGUUCAAUGGUGUGAACCAAAGACAAGGUGUCUCAAAGGGGCAAAGCCAGAUCCCACCUCAGGAAUAUAUUUUUAUAUUGUAAAGCUUUAUAUGACGUGUAAAUUAUGUUUAAAUAACAGAUUUUUUUUUUCCUCUCUGGUUUUAGAUCAUUUUAAUAUAAAUGUAAUCUUGUUACUAGCCUUGAUUAUCUUCCAGAUAUACAAUUAUAAAACAUUUUAACAAAUGAAAAUUCAUUCUGCCAUUUCUGAAACAAAUAUGCUGCUUAACUCUGUUGAUCCAGAACAUAAAUAAAACAGUAUCACUGUAAUAUAUUUAAAACAACUCUAGCAAAACUAGUUGCAAGAAAAUGAAUUGAAACCUUUGUAAUUACCCAAGUGUUUGAUCAGUCGUAAAAUGUGGUCUGAUUUUUAUUUGGGACAAAGAUUCUUUUCAGGGCUUUGCUGAGUUCAUUCAACAAAGACACAUUAAACUCACUCAGUGCAGCCUCGAAGUAAACUAUUGAUUUUAGUGCCUUUAGAUGCAGCGACUCACAGCCGUUUCCUUUACCAGUUAUGAGGCUUGCACACAGUUUUUGGACAGCCCUCUUCAGGCCAUGCUGCAGAAAAUUUAGGACUCUGACCUGGAACUAAGUUAUUUUUUUUCCUGUUGUUGAUUUUAGUUGUGUGCUUUAGUUCAUUGCCUUAUUGCAUCACCCUGUCUCUAUUAAGCUUCAGACCACGUGGGCUGCUGCAGUGAGUUCUUUUAAUGUUUUAAUUCAAUUUCUGAUUCAUGUUCACCUCAGUGAUUGUGAAUCCUUUGGGCUCUGAGGAAGCAAAGCAGCCCCAAACCGUGAUGCUCGCUCCGCCGUGCUUCAGAGAUCGGAGAAUUUGUUGUUGCUGUGCAGCGUGUUUCUCUUGAAACACUUCAAACUUGUGCCUCAUCUCUUUACAUUACAUAGUUUUGCUGAACAUCCAGGUCUUGCAGCAGAACUUGCAAAAUUGCAAAAAAAUCCACAACAUGGAAACAGGAGUUCUGAUCCCAGCUUUCCUGUUUUUUCAGGGGGUGCCAGACCUACUCAUGUCCCUAACUCACAUUUGACACGACUAAAUGUAUGGAGUGAAUAGUUUUGCAGCUUUUCCUGGGAUAAAUGAACUAAAAACAACCUGAACCUGCAACUUUUUCUUAUGCCAAAGUGUAGUUUUCUGUUAGCACAAGCAGAUUAGAGCGAUAAGUCAAUAAAUUGACUUUGUAACUUCAGUUUGCCAACCCUAGCUAAUAUUAACCACCAUAAGCCAAACUCAGACCAGACAAAUGAAAGUGGCAAAAAAUGCAAGACUUUAUUGAGGUUUCUUCUUCUUUUGGCUGCGCCCUUUAGGGAUCACUACAGAAUAGCGUCUUCCUGUCACACCAACU